CCGCGCACAAAAUCUAUUUAAAAGUAUGGUUUUGUUAUUUGUUUAUUUUUGAAUCAAUUCUUAAUGUUUUCGAUUUAUUAAAACUCUAUAAAUUAUGUUAGAAGAGAGUAUUUCCUGUAGUCCAGGUAAUAGUGAAAAGAAAUCACGAAGGUCACGAAGGUUUCACAAAAAUGUUAAAAAGAAAUGUGAACAGAAUUUAACAACACUCAAAACCAAACAUUUACAAAAUGAACAUUCUUAUAUAGAGGGCCUCUAUGAAGAGUCGACAAGUAAGAGAGAAAAUAUAGAGAAACAUUUGGAGUUCUUUAACCCAUUUGAAAAUGAAAAGCUUCUAGCUGCUGCAGAUCGUGCUGAAGCCUCUACAUCUAGUUGUAAGUUGAAAAGUUUAACUUCGAAAGGAUUUAUUCGACUUGAGAGUCUGCCAUUCAAAGACAAGAAUGAAAUGUACCCCAUGGAGCCUCCAGAGCGACCUUCACGUUGUUAUUCGACUGUUACACCAAGAAGUCCACAAGUUAUAGGUCCAGAAACCCAAUUCGGAAUCACAGAGUCGGAAUUUGUGCAAUUUUGCAAUGACGCUGAGUCUGAAGUCCAAUCUGGAUUAACUUCUGAUGAACAAAAUCCAACCAUUUCCACUGAUAUUCCGAUAGAUUUGAAUAAAUCAAUUAUGGAGCAUAGCAUAGAUAGAACAAAGCAAAUAAUACAAUCAAGAUCUGUGGUCGAAGAAAUCCUUACAGAUUUUUGUGGAUCACCAACUGAGAGUGAACUUAAUGAUCAGACGCCUCCUAACUCUCCCCCGAAAAAUAUAAAAGCAACCAAAUCAAUUGUAGAUGAGAUUCUUGAAGACUUUUGUGGAUCACCGUAUAGGGAAAACUCUCCAAAAGAGAAUUCGGAAGAAUCUACACCAAUAUUUCGCUUCAAGUCGCAGCCCAUUCGAACUUAUAGUGGAAUAAGAAAAAAGAAACUAUUUACGAACAAAAGUAAUACGGAUUUGAAUGCUUUCACGUUCAAAGACGACGGAAAUACAAGUGACUCGUCGUCUGGCCUAUCUGUUCAAGAAGAUCUUACUCAAAGUAUUGUACCACAACUUGACACAGUAGAUCUUAACAACUCAGUAAAACUAUGCGAGAAUCUGCUUAAUUUGAGUUCCUAUUUCUCACAGUUACCGUCAUCUUCAUCUAAAGAAACGAAUUCUCAGCCUACUGCUGUUGUCAAAACACAAGAACUUCGUUUAUCUGCAAUUGUUGAUGACAUAAUCAAAAUAAAGUCAAAGCCGAUGCGAAUUAAUUGGAAUAAAAUUGAAAAAGAAUUUAAAGGCUUUUCGGAUUAUGAAAGUGAUUCAAAAGAAUCUACUUUGCAGGAAUUACUCGAGGAUGAAGAUGAUGUUCUUCAGCAAAUUAACUGUGAUUCCCUUUGUUACGAAAAGGUUGAGCCAAAAGUUAUUUUUACACAUAUAGAUUCUGAUAUAGAAAAUACUCUACAGAAUGCCAGUGAAGUAAUUGAAAAAGCUAAGGCUUUAAUUUUAUACGAAUCUGAUGUAAAGCAAAAAACACCCAACAUGAUUAAGGUUCCCCAAACAGACUGUGAUAUUCAAAACCAACCAUCACCAUUCAAUUCUCCAUUAGAAAAUGAAGAGCUAUUCGACGAAAUAGAUAUUUGGAAUGAUAAUGAAUAUCUUCUAAAUUAUAAAACACAGAAAGACUAUGCGAAUCAUGUCGAACAUGAAGACAAGGAAUUUUUUAAAGAUGACUUCAAUUUAAAUAAAGUUAUUUUAACAUACAAAGAAAGUGAAACAAAUAAUUUAAAUCCUCAAAUAUCCAAUUCUGAUACAAAAAUAGAAUUAUGUAAACCAUUACGGAAUAGUCGAACAAACUUUAAGGAUCAAAAACAAUUUCAAAAUCUUAGGGAUCCAUGUUCUUCCGCUUCCUGCAAACUCUCCGAAGAUUCACGAAAGAUUGAAAAGUUGAAAAAGAAUGAGGGUUAUUUUGAUAGUUAUAAAAACGCAGAAAGCGAACACAGUACUGUAACAGAUGCUUCUUUAGAUAACGAAUAUUUAAACAGAGUGCCAGCUUUCAAUCCAAUCGGAUUUUCAACAGUAUCUAACAAACCAAUUCUAGUAUCAGAUAUUGCCAGGCAGAAGGCAAACGAAUUUUUAAAGAAUUUUGAGAAACAAGAAUUAGAAGAAAGAAAGGCUUUAACCAAAAAUGAUAUUUUAUCAAAAAAUCAGACCGUUAAUAAUGUUUCAAACCCAAUACGAGAAGAAAUAAUCAGAGAUAAUAAAUUAAAAGACAAGGAAGUAAAAACACGAGACCAAUAUGAUAUUUCAUCUGAAAAUACUAGGCCCAGAAUAGAUAAUACUUCAAAUAAUGUUGGAUUUACGACAGCCUCAAAGAAGCAUAUUUCAAUUUCUACUAAGGCCAAGCAAAAAGCUGAACAAAUGAUACAAAAAUUUGAACAAGAUGAAAAAGAAAAAAGAAUGCUUGACGCAACAUUCUUGGUUACCGAUAAAUUCGUCGGUAAUGAUAAUAAGAUUGAAAACAAUUUAACUGUUGGUGGUUUCAUAGGUUUUUCAACUGCUUCAGAAAAACCUAUAGCAAUAUCGCUAGAAGCGAAACGCAAAGCCGACGAAAUCUUGAAGAAAUUUGAACAAGCUGAAAAACCUGAAGAAGAGAUUGAAAAAUUGACUCAACGGCAUCCAAGUGAAGUUUCCGAAGAGGUACGGCGAAAGGCUCAGGAUUUACUUUUAGACAUUGAGUUUUUUGAAGAGGCUUUUGAAGAUGAGCUUAAAAAAAUCGAAGGGUUGCCAAUUUCACAAGUUCAAAACGAAAAACUGCAAGGUGAAAAUACUAUAUUUACACAAGCAACAAAGGGAACAGUUGUAGGAGGAUUUAAAACAGCUUCUCGAAAAUCAAUACAAGUUUCUGAGGAAGCUUGUCGACGUGCUGAAGCAUUUUUCAGGACGGUAUGCGAUGAAGAUCUACCUCAAGACUAUCUUAAGUGCAUUGAAACCAAUAUAAAUGAUACAAAUAUUAAUUCUAAAGACACAGUUGGUAAUAUAAUGGGUACAGUCGAACAAGUCGAUGGUGCCAUUAGAAGUCCAAGACAUAAUCCUUAUGACCCUUUAGAAACUGAAUCUAAAGAAACGUAUGCGGCUAAUUGCAUUGACACCUUUCAAGUUUCUGAAAGUAAAAUAAUCGAUCGGAGUAAAUCCGAUUCUGCAAUAGAGCGACUUCAAGAAUCAACCAAAGAAGCAAAUUUAAUCGCUCAAGAAUUUGAUAGCAUUGAAAACAAACGAUUUCGUAAAAGAAAACACAGUCAAGGAGAUGAGCUAGAAAAAUCAUCUUUGCUUGUUACUCCACGAAGGCUAAGUUGUGGUGAAAGAUUACCUCUUAAUCGCAUUGAAAAUGGUCUCCUCUGUAAAAGCUCCUCAUUGCCACUAAGAAAAGAAGGCACCCCAAACUCAGCAUUAAUUUCACGUAAAAAUCUCUUAUCGUUGAGUAAACGAAGAAAAUUUGAUUCGCCAGGCCAAACACGAGAGCUCAAAAGUGGCCAAAAAACACCAGACAAAAACCUAAAUUCUCCAAUAACUCACUGCAAUGCCAGUUCAACGCCAAACCUUAAAGGUUUUUUUGAAACCGUGCCAACAAGUACCCCACGAUUAAUUCGCAAUGAUCCAACAAACACGAAUAACCAGUACACUUCAAAAGAUAUAGUUGACUCAGAUUUUCAACGGAUACAAUGGGAAGACUCAAAUAAUUCUCUUCGAAUUAAUAGAACAAGUUGUGUAGAUGAUGUUAAUGUGACAUUUUCUGCGAUAAGUCCAUCGCCCAAACAAAGGAUAGAACAGCUGAAGAUGUAUGGUGAGCCACCACCAAUUUCACCAAUUUCAAUGCUUAAUAAAUGCCGCCCCUCUGGUUUGAGAAGAGGGAGAAGCUCAAUGAAACCCUAAUGUAUGGGUUUGUGAUUAUUUAGUUGCCUUGUUAUGUAUGUAUGUAAAUAGGAGAAAAAUAAAUUAUUUUUGUUGA